AUGCUCGAGCGGCCACUACAUUAUUCGAGGGCAGAUGCAGCCAGAAAGCACUAUCCCCGUGCUGUGGCCGUCGUGCAGCUCCGACAGUGCUUCAAGCUGUCGUGUCAUGCGCUUGAUUCCCGCGAUCUCCACGACGCUGAGUUGACGGUGGACUUGUGCAGUGCACCCGCGCAGCGCGACGGCAAGGACCACGGUGUGCUUUUAGUGCUCUCUCAUGACCUGGCUGUCGUUGCUGUCGCCGCUGCGUUUCGCCGCACGAUGCCUCACUGCGGGAACUCAACUGUAUGGGGGGGGGGGGCUGCUGUUGGUGGCGGCCCGCGCCUCAGGUCAGCUCAGCGGGCGUCAAGCCAUCAAACGUCAAGUCAAGGCCUCGUUGGUGACACUGUGGCUGCUCUCGGGGCGGCCUCUGCAGUCAUUUUGGUGGAGACAAACUCAAGUGCAAGCCGCAUCGCCAUGCUCUCACCACCGGACGUGCAGCGCAUUGCGGCUGCGCUAAACCACUCGCAGCACGUGAUUACCAAACUCUACCGAGAGCUGGGCCCCUCAGUUGGCAUGGCGGCGCGAUCCAACAAAGCGGAUACGGUCGUUGAAGCUGCUUCUGGCCGCCCUGUGGCUAAGGCAGCAGCAGCACGGGCGGAUAAUACGCUGGCAACUUUGCAGAGCUGUCAAGGCCAGUGCUACGCUGGACGCGCGAGGUGGCUACAGCUGAAGAAGGAGUCGGUACCGGACCAUUUUCUAGUCGAGCCGUCGAUUCGAUACAGUGCCGCCGUCGGUCGAUGGACUUCAGGAGGGCCGAUUGAAAACCUGCCACCAGGCUGCAUCGCGCAGGAGCUGCGGCGCUGCGGCAGCUGGCGGCGACUUCCUCGACGCGGAUUAGACGCCGGCGAGGCGUUGAUUAUGAGCCGCGUGCCGGCAGCUCGCCGAUCGUGGUCGUCAACUUCAAACACGAUCCCCGGCCGGCACUUCAACGGCAACUACAUGUACUGUACGCAGUUGAGACGGCAAAUAGCUCGGCGCAUUGCAAUGCGUCGCCCGCAGACAUUUGGAGCUCGCUGCAACCUGCCCUUAAAUUGCAGUGCAAUGGCUGGUGGGCAACCUCGAAAGCAGAAAAGUGGUGCUUCAAGAGAAGUUACGAAAACAAGACUCCCAACACUGGAGCUGGCUUGA